AUGGCACAAAUAGAGUUGCACUGUCUUUUCAUCCCUGCACCACAGCUACGCGAGCUAGUGUCUCUCUGCAUCCGCACUGUACCUGAGGAGAGGCCCAACAUCUCUUACAUUGCCUACGUCUCGAAGAAGAUGCACGAGCGUCUUAAUGGUAGCCAGGCAGCAGGAAUCAUGGUCACUCAGUCUCCCAUCCACACCCAACAAGCCGCCAGUCCCUUGAAACCUGCCAAUCGUUCUUUCGGCACCCCAGUGCUCCCAUCUUCCCUACAAGUGCAGUCAUCUGGUGAGCCAGUCUCUCAUACCCUCCACAUGCCCCCAGGCAUUAAAGGCUCUGCCGACCCUUCAUCAAACACUUUCUUCACUUCGGGCUGA